AUGGAGUUUCGUGGUGAGAGAUUUACUGUAAAUCUUUCCGAUGAUGAGGAUGAAAUCGAAUCAAGUUCAACUAUUCCAUCGAACAAUACCCCCUCAUUUACCUCUCCCUUCGUCGCAGAUAUCAAAGAACGUUCUACAAAACCACCAACCGCUCCUCAAUUAAAAACCUCAGCAACAGGCUUUCCCGAGCAUAAAAAAAGAAUACGAGUAUCGGCAUUCAAAAAACAAAGGGCGGGUAACGCAAACGAUUCGGUGGCAGACGUUCCAAAUGCAGCGGUAGCAGAUUCUCCCAAUGCUUUCGGAGUUCCACCUGCUCAGGGACGUCCAACAGGCGCAGAGACGGCAGCUACUCAGGAGGACGAUUUCAGUAUCGAAAAGGAAAGGAAAAGAAUAGAUGAGGAGAAUAAAAUGAGAAUAGCUUCCAUGUCAAAGGAAGAAAUUGAGCAAGAACAAGAAGACUUACUCGCAACUUUAGAUCCUUCUUUGAUCCAACGACUUUUGAAGAGAGCCAAUUUUGAUGACGGACGUGGAGAUACGGGAAUCGAUCCCCCAUCUUUGACUCAAUCUCUAAAGAAUGAUGAGAACAUAACUAUACCUCCGGAAAACAAAGAUGAAGCCACCCCUGCACCUAAACCAGAAGGAAAGCCAGUCGCGCCUCAAAAGUCUGUGAGAUUUGAAGAAGAUGAAGAACCGGCAAAACCCAUAGAUCUAAAACCAGCAUCAGAGCCUGCUUCGAGCGUCCCUGAACUUCCUCAACCGUCUAUACACUUCCCAACCGCUUCCGCUGUUCCAGACUUAGACCCAAACGACCCUUCGUUUCUCGAGAACCUACAUCAGAAAUAUUAUCCGUCUCUUCCAGCUGAUCCUUCAAAGCUCGCUUGGAUGGCACCAAUACCUACACACGGUUCGGUAGCAGACCAAGAAUCUCCUUAUUAUCCAGCAGCGGAAGCUUUGGCAGCUUCAGCCCUUCGAUUUGAUUUUAGAGGGGGUUUGUUGCCGCCGAGAAUUGCAAGAGCCAUGCCAAUUACCAAAGGGCUACAUCAUCAUGGUGAGGCUCCCGAAGCUGCUGGGUAUACAAUUCCGGAAUUAGCAAGAUUGGCUCGCUCUGCGUUUCCAGCCCAAAGGUGUAUUGCAUUCCAAACUCUGGGGAGAUUUCUAUACAGGCUCGGCAGAGGCGAGUGGGGAGAUCCAGGUACUGAGAUGCCAAAGGGUCUUUGGAGAAUCGUGGAAGAGGGCAAAGUUAUUCAGACUCUCGAGGAAGCUGCUAAUACUGAGGGAGGACACCAAGGCAGCAAAGCCUACGCGAUAGAAGCUUUAUGGCUUUGGCAGAAAGGUGGUGGACAUAUAUGGAAAGCUGAUUGA